UGUUCCUUCCUCUUCCUUUACUUCUUCUUCUCGGACCUCACUCCCUCACGCAAACUGCAAAUCCCCUGUUUUCACAGUCUAAGCCUUCCUCUCCCUCACCUGAAUCCAACUCUCACGCUCCCACCACAUGUCCUUCUCCAUCAUCAUACCUUCUCCCUCCAACGCCGGCAAAAGCCCUCCAACCUAACGCUGCUCCUUUUCUCCGGUAAACCCAACUCCAGCAACCUUUGCUCGGCUAAUUUCCAAUUGCAGACCCACCUCAGGCCAUAUCUACUUACCAACCCAAAAACCCAUACAGCAGAUCCAUUCCCAAAGGCCCAUAUUGAACACCACACGGAAACAAGUCCCUCUUCUGUAACACCUAACCUCCCAUAUACUAGGUCAAUAGACCACUGAUUUACAGCCGCCUUAUCUCCCCUUUAAGUCCACUAUACGGAGCCUAGUCGUGGUGCCAUAGCUCAACCAGAUUCUGAGCUUCCUUGUUCAUAUAGCCUCCAAUUAUCGUGGGUGAGGAGGGGGAAUUUUUAAUAACUUGUUAUAUCUGUUUAUUAACAUUGUGCUUUAGAUCGGUACUCUAGUUGGUUUCAGUCAUUUUCUGAAACUCCUGCAUUAACAUCCUUUAUGGGUGGUACAAUUGGUGAUUUUAGUUGAUGGCAACUAGGAAUCUGUGGAACGAGUUUUGGAUGGAGAUUGAUUGAACUAUUGAUUCAAAAUUGAGUUUAUGGCAGUGUUGCAAGCAAAUUGGGCAAGUUUUGGGGGUCAUUCUGUUGAAAGACGAGUAAACAAGUUCAUGAAACACAAAUACUAAACUCAAAAAUACCCAUCAGUGAGAUUAUACAUUGGUCAUACAUUUGAAUCGGAUAUUGUUGGUUGACUAUGGCGAGUGGGCAAGUGACAAAGCGAGUGAAAUACAAGACCUCAGUGAAGGACCCUGGCACUCCUGGUCGUCUAUUAUUGACUAUGGAGAAAUUAGCAUUCAGGCCUAAUAAUCCUAACUCAGCUUCAAAGCUUGACAUGGAGUUUAUAUACGUUAAAAACCACAAAUACACCAAGGAGGGAUCAAAUAAAGCACCAAUGCUUAAUCUCACCUCAAAUCAGGGUGCAAGUUACAUAUUUGAGUUUGAAAAUUACAGUGAUCUUCAAGUUUGCAAAGAAUUUGUGGGAAAAGCCCUUUCCAAGCCUGGAGAGACUCCAAAACCUGCUGAUACUUCACAAUCUCUUUCUGAACAACCUAGUACAGAAGAACUGCUUCUUCGAAUGAACUUGCUGCGAGAAAAUAGUGAGUUGCAGAAACUUCAUAAGCGGUUUGUGAGGGAUGGUGUGUUGACAGAUACUGAAUUUUGGGCAGCAAGGAAGAAGUUGCUCAAUGGGGACUCAGGUAACAAAUCAAAGCAACGGGUUGGUCUUAAAACUGUUAUGCUUUCAGAUUCCAAGCCACUGAUUGAUGGACGGACAAACAAGGUUACAUUUAAUUUGACACCAGAGAUUGUACGUGAGAUUUUUGCAGAGAAACCAGCAGUUCACCAGGCAUACUUGAAUAUGGUUCCUAAUAAGAUGACGGACAAGGAUUUCUGGACCAAAUAUUGUAGAGCUGAAUAUCUCCAUCAUUCAAGAAAUGCUCAUGCUGCUGCAGCAGAGGCUGCUGAAGAUGAGGAACUAGCUCUUUUUCUGAAACCUGAUGAUAUUUUGGCCAGCGAAACUCGACGGAAGAUCAGAUGUGUUGAUCCAACUCUAGACAUGGAAGCUGACCAGGGAGAUGAUUAUACACAUCUUCCAGAUCAUGGAAUUGCCCGUGAUGGUAGUAAGGAGAUAACAGAAUCACAGAAUGAACCAUACAUAAGGACAUUGUUACAUGACCUUAACCGCCAUGGAGCUGUUGUUCUUGAAGGAACAGCAAUAGAUGAAGAGCAGUUGAAAGACACACAAACUGUAGCAGAGGCACUUAUUCAGUCAAAAAAGGGAAAUAAAAUAGCUAAUGAAGAAGCUGAUGGAAAUGCAAACGAGGAGAAAUUGAAUAGAAUUUCCAAAAUGAUGGAAAUUGAGGAUCUUCGAGGAUCAAAUGAUCUUCCUUUAGCACCUCUCUCCAUUAAGGAUCCACGGGACUAUUUUGAUUCUCAACAAGCUUGUGCACUUAAAACUUCAAGAGAUGCACCUACUGGAACUGAAGCAUUGAAUUGCAGCUUGAGCGCUCAGGAAGCUUAUGGUUCUUUGAGGGACUCAAUUUCUCAGAUUAAAGUUGUGGGAUUGAAUGAUCCCAUAGUAACACCUGAAGUUGCUAUGAAGGUUCGUUCUGUAUUGACACAUAAUAUCACAAGCACCAAAUAUCACCUUGGAAAGAAUCCUAGGGAGAGUGUUUUGGAUGGUUUCCCAAACAAAAUAAAGGAGGACCUGCUCCAUCACUGGAUGGCUGUUGAGGAGUUGUUGAGACAUUUCUGGUCAUCAUAUCCAAUCACUACUGCAUAUCUUUAUGCGAAGGUAAAUCGACUGAAGGAUGAAAUGUCAAAAAUUGAUUCUCAGCUCCAGGAGAUGAAGGAAUCUGUGCAGUCAGAUCUUCGAAAUCAGCUUACACUCCUUAUACGUCCAAUGCAACAGGCUCUAGAGGCAGCCAUGCAACAUUAUGAUGCAGACUUGCAGAAGAGAUUAGCAAAGAGUGGAGAGAGACCAAAUGGAUAUGUCUAGAUUGUUUUUUUUUUUUUUUUUUUUGGGUGGAUCAAAUCAAUUUUGUUGUGAGAUAUUUAAGGUUUCACAUUGCGAUUUGUAAAAAAGUUAACAAGUGCUGUACAAAUUAUUAUUAUUAUUCUAAUCAUAGUGUUGCUUCUUGCCAUC